CAUUUGAUAUCCAUCAAAAGGCAGAAUGCCGCAAUGGCAGAACUGGGAUACAUUUGAUCCCCUCGUCCAUGAGGGACUGGAUUUUGACCUUUCGGACCCUAAUUUAUUUGACUUCGACCCGUCAUGCGCUGAGCAGGAUCCUUACACAGAGCUUCAUGAUCAGUUUACUUCGCCGCCUGUCUUCCAGGAUAGUCUAGCAGAAAACAGCCACAGUCUCCCUGGCUCCGUGCAUUCUCUCGGCCAUGACUCCACGGCGUCAUGGUCGUCGCAUGUCGACCUCCAACCUGGUCUGCUGGCAAGUAGUAAUCCAUGCCAAUCUGAAUCUCAGCAUGAGAUGAACGACCAGAUUGGCAAUAUCCCACAGUAUCACUCUAGUCUCCCACGACGGAGGAGUCGAUAUUUCAUCCCCAGAACGGAGGAAUCAGCAGCGCCCAUCUUCAUCCCCAACGCCACAGAUACAGAGCCAGCACUGGAUCCCAUGCAGCGAUGGCAGGAAUCGCCUCCAGAAGACGAACCUGCUUCCAUGGCGGCCAUUAUGGACGCCGUCAAGAAUAACCCUGCCCAGCGUCGACAGACGCGCAAACCACCACCGAAGAAAAACGACGCAUUCCGCCACUAUCGCCGCCCGCCAUCAACGACAAGUGGUGAGUCAAGUGGUUCAUCACGACAAUCUGCCAACUCGGCUGCGUCGCAGUCUCCGUCGCAGGAACUAGCUGGUGCACGUAGGACACGAAACCGCGUCAGCAGAGCAAAACCCAAACCUGAAAGCACACCAGCAGGCGAUAAACGACGCAUAUUCUGCUGUACAUUCUGCUGCGACAGAUUCAAGAGUAAAUACGACUGGUCGCGACAUGAGAAAUCGCUGCAUCUCAAUCUGGAAGAGUGGAUAUGCGCGCCUCACGGGGCGAGUGUGUUCUCACCUGCCACGCAUCGACGACACUGCGCGUAUUGCAAUGCGUUGGAUCCGAGCGAGGAGCAUUUAGAUAUGCAUAACUAUACAGCAUGUCAAGGGAAGAACGAGACUGGGAAUCGCGCAUUCCGGCGAAAAGACCACCUCGUGCAGCAUCUACGAUUAGUGCAUCAUCUCGAUACGAUGCCGUUACUUGAUGAUUGGAAAGUGACGAUGCAGUCUAUAACUUCUCGGUGUGGAUUCUGCGAUGCUUCACUGACAAGUUGGGAAGAACGGAUCGAUCAUCUGGCAGCGCAUUUCAGAAAAGGUCUUACGAUGAAAGACUGGAAAGGCGAUCAUGGUUUUCCGCCGUCCAUCACGGCGAAGAUCACGAAUAGUCUGCCGCCAUAUCUGAUCGGGAAUGAGUCGCAGUCUAUGAUUCCGUUUUCUGCUACGAAUGCGGAUGUGCGGGAUCAUUUUGCGCAGAUAUCUUCUCGAGCUGCUUGGGUUGAAGGUGAACCAACUGAGACAGAGAAGAAAAAAGAAAAAACUCUCACUCCCAUUCAAUCAAACCCGACAAUGUCGCAGUUGAGCAGCUUCACGGAAAUCCUCACCCUCCAUCUCAGCCACUACGCGCGCGAGAAAAUCCAACACGGAGUCAUACCAACCGAUGAAAUGUUUCAGCAGGAGUCACGACGGUUACUCUACGACUGCGAAGAUGAUUGGAAUCAGACUAUUGCAGAUAACGAAGAGUGGCUAGCGGCAUUUAGACGGUUGCAUUGCGAGCAGGAUAAGAAUAAAUAGUAUCUACUCCUGGAUGAUAUCAGUCCAUGGACUGGGUUUCUUUCCAAGAACAAUAUCCAGCAUUCCCUUCUGGAGCAGACCGAUAUACGGUGCGUCAGAGAAAUUGAUUUCCAGUCCUCCAUACCGAAUGCGCUCGACUUGGGCGAUGAAAAAGGCCGU